AUGCCGGAGUACUGCGUGACCGGCGGGACGGGGUUCAUCGCGUCGCACCUGAUCCGGGCGCUGUUGGCCGCCGGGCACACGGUGCGCGCCACGGUGCGGGACCCGAGCGACGAGGCCAAGGUGGGGUUCCUGUGGGAGCUGGAGGGCGCCGACGAGCGGCUGCAGCUGCUGCGCGCCGACCUGCUGGUGGAGGGCUCCUUCGACGCGGCGGUGAGCGGCGUCGACGGCGUCUUCCACGCGGCGUCGCCGGUGGUGGUGAGCUACGAGGACGGCAAGGACGCGCAGGAGAAGCUGGUGGACCCCAUCGUGAAGGGCGCGGGCAACGUGCUCCGCUCCUGCGCCCGGGCGGCGGUCCCGCCCCGCCGCGUGGUGUUCACCUCCUCCUGCUCCUGCGUGCGCUACCGCCACCACGGCGGCGGCCCGCCGACGCUGAACGAGUCGCACUGGAGCGACGCCGACUACUGCCGCACGUACGGGCUCUGGUACGCGUACGCCAAGACGGUGGCGGAGAAGGAGGCGUGGCGGCUGGCGACGGAGCACGGGCUGGACCUGGUGGUGGUGAACCCGUCGUUCGUGAUCGGGCCGGUGCUGGGCCGGGCGGCGCCGACGAGCACCGCGCUGGUGGUGCUGGCGCUCCUCAAGGGGGACCUCGGCAAGUACCCGAACACGACGAUCGGGUUCGUGCACGUGGACGACGUGGUGCUGGCCCACGUCCUGGCCAUGGAGGACGGCAGGGCGUCCGGCAGGCUCAUCUGCUCCGGCGACGUCGCGCACUGGUCCGAGGUGCUCGGGGCGCUCCGGGAGCGGUACCCGCAGUACCCCAUCCCCACAGAGUGCAGCAGCGGGAAGGGGGACGACAGGGCGCACAAGAUGGACACGAGCAAGAUGGAGGCGCUGGGGUUCCCUCCAUUCCUCUCCAUCCAGCAGAUGUUCGACGACUGCAUCAAGAGCUUCCAGGACAAGGGCCUCCUCCUUCCUUGA